GGAGGCCAGAGCGGCGGCAGGACACUAGGGAGGCUGAUGCAGUCGUUCACGUGAGAGGUCAAGGGUACUCAGGCCGGGCGACAGCAUCAGGAGAAGUGGACAAACUGUGACCACCCUGAAGGCAGCGCCUGCGGGACCUGCUGAUGGACUGGAUGUGGGGGCUGAUGGGAGAAGUAGAAGGAGGGCGACGCUUCCAUGUCUGGCCCGGGCACCGGGACGAAUGACAGAUCCAUCUUCUCUGAGGCGAGUAGGCGGGAAGAAGCGUUUCCUUGCUGGGGGUUGGGAGCAAAAGCUCCUGCCCACCUUAUAGGUUUGCGAUGUCAAGUGGGCGACGGGAUGUGAGUGCGCACAAGGUCAGCUGUGUUCCUGGCGCAGAAAGGAGGCCGCGGCGGCUGGAACUCCUGAAGCAGGAGGGAGGAGGGGGCCGAGAGGUGGGCCCGGCGGGAAGUCCCGAUUCAGCCACUACCCGCAGCAAACCUGGGGGAAAGUUACCGUCCGUUUAACGAACGGGGAGGUGGGCGACGUCUCCGGUGCGCCCGGGCGCACGCGGCUUGUGUGAGCCGUGCUCAGACACAGAGCUUCGGCCCCUCUCUUAAGAUUUCUUCCUGCUCUGAAAACCAACUCUUCCCGUUUCCGAGAUGGGGAAACUGAGGCAGCUGCCCUGUCCGAUGGGAGCACGCCAGUGACGUGUGGCCGGCAGCACCUUCUCCCGAUUCACGCAGGAGGGGACACUGAGGCCAGACGCUGGGCGCCAGGCUCACGGCGGAGGAGCCGAACCAGGGCGCCCAGGCCGGCCCCAGAUACGCGGGUCCCAAUGCGCGCCCACCUUGGACCCUGUCAGCGCCGCCCGAACGGAGUAGGGGACGAAACGCGCAAGAAGACACACUCGCAGGCCUGACUGGCGCACGACUCUGGCGGGGCCCCUCCUUCUCGCCUGCCCACCCCGACGGCCCGGGGAUUUCAUUUCCCGAGCGCCCGCCGGCGUCCAACCUCCACCUGUCUCAGGACGACGCCGCCAUGACUCCUCCUUCUCCCUGCCUCGGCCUCCCCGUCGGCACGUCUGCGCAUGCCCGCGUCCGCGUGCGAGCCAAUGGGAAGCCCUGUAGGCAUUCUGGGAAGUGUAGUUCAAAGCCUGGCGCACCGAGAGGCCUUGUUUGUCUGGGCUAAUAGGCCGCUGGCCGUGCUCGAUGCACCUUGGAAAGUGUAGUUCAGAACUAUUUGGAGAUGGGCGUGAGAGAUUCGUCACGGCGAGCGGCCAAUGGGAAGCGUCCUUUUGCCGCGAUGCUUCCUGGGAAAUGUAGUUCUAGGCGCUGCCGUCCCUGCGGGGCUCACGACCCCCAUGGAGGUCCCGUCUCCCCAGCCCGUGAAGCAGGAAGGCCCGUCGGCUGAGGGCCUGACCCUGGACUCGCCCUGGCACCGCUUUCGGCACUUCCACCUGGGCGACGCGCCGGGCCCCCGCGAGGCGCUGGGCCUGCUGCGUGCCCUGUGUCGCCAGUGGCUGCGGCCCGAGCUGCACACCAAGGAGCAGAUGCUGGAGCUGCUGGUGCUGGAGCAGUUCCUGAGCGCCCUCCCCGCCGACAUCCAGGCCUGGGUGUGCAGCCGGCGGCCCCGGAGCGGGGAGGACGCCGUGGCCCUGCUGGAGGAGCUCUGGGGACCAGCAGUGAGGGCACCUCAGGAUGUGACAGAAGGCUCCGGGGUGACCGUUGGAAAGGAUGAUGUUGGGAUGAUGCCCUUAGGAGAUGCGGCCCCCGGGGCUGAGGUGCUGGCGACGGGGGACGCCCAGGCCACGCGCCCCUACAAUCUCCAGCAAACCAUUUACACCUUCCUGUCACUUGUCCCCCCUUCUCCUUCAGAGGAGAAAUGA